AGGAAAGGAGAGACCACUUUCAGACCAGAGCAGCACCAGCCAGCAAAACGGAAACUAUGGUGUCAAUGAAAGUAACAGUGAUGGUGGCAACACUGGCUGCCCUUUGUGUCCUGGCUACAAACACACAUGCAGCAGCUUAUCGUUUUUGCUGUCGAAGAUACUUCCCUGGAAAAAUACCAUUAUCAGAGAUCAAGGGCUUCUCACUGCAGAAAAACACAGAAUUAUGUCCAUUCAGAGCAAUCAUUUUCCACACAAACACAAGGAAAACCUGCGCUGACCCUACUAAAAAAUGGGUGAUGGAUUAUGUGACCCAAAUAGACGCCAUGGCAAAGAAAAUGUCUAUUGCAAAGUGGAAAGAACAAGAAGAAAACGUUUUAUGGGCAUAACCUGUGGAAGAUGCCGAGGCCUGUUACUGCAAACCUGUGUCCAAGUUUCGCUUUGCCUGCUUUGUGAACACCAGCUUUAAAAAGCAAAGCUGAUAUUGUAAUGCUGCAAAAGCAAUGCAUAUAGUGGCUCAUUUGUAAGAGCAUUUUAUAUAUAUAUAUUUCUUUUUGUGUGUGUGUGUGUUAUGUUCUUUAUAUUAAUUUUGUAUUCAUGUUUACAUAAAAUAAAGACUUG